AUGUUCCAUCCCUUGGUCCAGUUUUCUAAGGUGUCAAUGCCGUACACGGCUGCGCAGUCGGAGGCCUUCAGGAGGAGCAGUAAGGUCUCCCGAUCGCCCAUAGUGCGGGAACUCCUAGAAGAUGGGCGGAGCCCUGGGUCAAGCUCUACGCCGCUCCCCAAGAGGACUCAGGAUCCUGCGAGCCCGACCAGCUCGCAUAGAACUACGCCGGCCAAUAGAAGCGCGGCGUCAGAGGAGGCAGCCAGCCUGCAGGAUCUCCAGGAGCUGGGGAAGCUGUUGCAGGAAGUCUCCACGAAGAUGAUGGAUAAGACGACGCGCCACAUUACCGUCUCCACGAGGGAGCUGUUUUCCAAAAUGAAGGCGCUUCAUGCGAGCAUUCUUGCGGCGAGCAGAGCGGCAGCCGCGGGUGCCAAAGAAAGGCAGGAGAGCGAGGUCUGGACCAGUCUGUGCCCAAAAUGCGCCCAGAGCACACGCAGCGCCGACAAGGAGCAGCAGACUACGACCGUCGGGAAGCAGGAGGCUACAGCCCAAAAAGAGCCCUGGCGUAGGCUUCGUCAGCCAAACUGGCCGGAACUACCCGCACCCGUGCGGUGCCCGCGGAGGCACACACCGCCAUCCUCGAGAACCCCGCAAAGCCCACUGGUGAAUGGAGGUUGUGGGACCUGUGUCUUCAAGGUUCGGCGCACCAACAACGGCAACCUGCUCCUAGAGGUGGCCAAAGGGAGUGUUGAGAGCGCCGAGGACAUGAAGGAGAGCAUCGAGAGGGGAGCUCGGUGA